CGCGUUGGUAAUGCGAAAGGGCGACUGCCUGCUGUCUUGCUGCUUCUCUUAAUAGCGCUCUUCCCAUCCAAUCUGUCGCCUUUCUUUUUAUUUUUCCCUUUUCCUUUCUCAUUCGCCCCAACCCCUUUUCCACCUUCUGCCGCCCAUCUCACUGCGGUCGCAUCGCCCGUCGCGCUGAUAUUCCCAUUCGGAAGGACGAGAAAAAUUUUCGGUCCUGACCGGGCUGCUCGUUUCGGCUAUUAGUGUCUUAAUAGCACCACCCUGGCUUUUAACUGCCCAAUCGACCCCUUUUUUCCAAGCAACAUUUGCAGCCCAACGGCACCCAGGAUCUAGCCGACGCUCACUCCCCCCAGAUCUGCCCUCCCCUUCUUCCCAUUUUUCUUGCUCCCGUCUAGCGUUUGGGAGGAGCACACAGACGGGCAAAAGAGGGAGAAAAAAGAAGAAGAAAACGGAAGAGCACGCAGCCUUGCGGCCCACGUUUGUGCGUUGCACCUUGCAGGGCGUGUGGGACCCAUCUUACCCCUGCACUCGCGCCGCAGCGCAUUGCGCUGCCACACACACACCCCCCUGCCCACUUUCGGGCUGCCUCUUCCCUUGCGGCUCGCUGAAGGUUGCCGCUGAAGGUCUGACCAGGCCGCUUCGCUUUAUAUAAGUAAGGGCGCGCACAUCUGGUUCGGGCACCAGUGCAGGCCGACCCUUCACGCCACCAGCCAAAUCACAACAUCACAACGCACCAAACACUCCUGCAUAGCGCUGCAACUCGUGGGGUUUUCCUGCAGCCCUGUGCUGUCUUGAUUGUCUCCAGCGUAUCGCUCUGUCUUUUUCUGCACAAGCACACACGCAACCAACCCCCACACACCAUCCCCCUUGCGGGCUCUGCCGCGCGCAUCUCAUACGACGAUACACCGUCGCGGCACAUCUUUACCCACACAAACACGUCGACAGCGACCACCACAAUGACGGGCAGGCGAGAGCAAGACACGCGACAGCCCCACGGUGGGUCCUCUCGCCGUCGCGGAGGCGUGGCCAGCGAUUCGGGCUUUGAGUCUCUCGACAGCGAGGGCUACUACCGAAGCCCGCCCGCUAACCACGCCACGCCACUGUUCACAGACGUCGAGCAGGACAUCCAGUGGAACAGCCUGCCGAACCUGCAGCAGGCCUACAGGGACCUGUGGGACAAGCUCGAUGUGGCCACGCGCAAGGACCGCGGCAUGGCCAGCGAGAUCAGCAAGCUCACUGGCGACCUGAAGAAGGCCGAUGAGAAGUGCCACAAGCUGAACCAGAAGCUCGACGACGCCGACCGAACCAACGCCUCGCUCAAGCGCGAGAACGACGAGUUCCGCAAGGACAAGUCGGCUCUCAAGCGCGACAAUGAUGAGCUGCGCCGCGAGAUUGCCCACCUGCAGCAGGACAAGGCGCAGGCCAGCCAGGACCUCGCUCACAUCAAGGCGCAACGUGACCGCUACAAGAACGAGCUCGAGGACGCGCGGUCGACGUCGUCCGAGUCCACGUCGUCCAAGCACAAGCGGACCAUGUCGUCGUCGGCUGCCAAGGUCGAGAAGCCCAGGGACAAGGAGCGCGAGGGACGGGACCGGGAGCGAGAGCGCGAACGUGAGCGCGAGCGCGACCGGGCCGAGAAGAAGGAGAGGUCUCCCAAGGAGAGAAAGGACCGCGAGGUUGCGACCCGCGAGCGCGACCCGAUGGACUCGGGUGUCGGCCACCUGCGGGAGCGAUUCGACCCCAGCAGGACGCAGCAGCAGGCUCAACAACAACAGCCACAGCAAAUCGCAGUGCGCCCGCAGAGCCGGCGCAUGAGCACCACCAUUCGUCCGCAGGUGCACGUCGCAACGGCAUACGACGGCAACUACAUCCCGACCACCAUGGGCAUCACCCCGCCCACGGCCUACUCUGUCCCCCGCGGCGGCCACCCCAGCGUCGCCGUCCCCACCUACCCGACUGCAUACACCUCGGACGGCAACUACCACCCUGCGCCGCUCCCGCAAAACACUCAGAAGUGAUAUUUAUACGUUGGUCAAAAAACCCCUGAGCUGGGGCCGCGGCGUUGCUUGACUCGCCGCGCGACUCGACUGAACAAGGGGCCAAAACAAAAUCAAAAACCACAAAACUCAACAAACCACGACCCAAAAAAAGACCAUUUCCAAUUUUAUCUUUUAUCCCAAAACGGCGACUUUUCCAGGAUAGUUAUUUCCCAUCCCCAAUGAUACCCCCCC